AUCUUUUUAUCUUGCACACUAGUAUUGUGCGCUACACAACAUGUUAUAUAGUCUGCAUCCGAUUCGCGCGUGUGUGGUUGUAAUUCAAGUGUACGCUAUUAGUUGAUGUUUGACGAAACGACUUUUGAAGAAGAGUUUUCUCAAAGGAAGAUCGAAGGAUAGCUUGAGUGUGCAUACACAUAGAGGCUUCGGAAUCGACGAUUCGAGGUGAACCUGCAACGAAAGACCAUCCGAAAAAAUCACAACGAUGCAUACUGCGCGAAGGGCCUUGUGCGUGAAAUGGCCACUGGGGAGCAGCAUCGGUUAUCGUUUCUCAUCUGCAAAAACGCAGCCCGAACCGACGGCCGUGCGGUACAAGGUCGAGCGCGGGCCUUACGCGGUUAUCGGCGACGCUCAAGCGAGCUUCUUCACAGGCCUCUUGGGCUCCGAGCGGGUCAUCACCGACGCCGACGAGUGCGAAAUCUACAACGUGGACUGGCUCAAUUCCGUCAGGGGCAUGAGCCGAAUGGUCCUGAAGCCAAAGAGCACCGAGGAGGUCUCGGCGAUCCUGAGGUACUGCAACGAGCAGCGGCUGGCCGUCUGUCCCCAGAGCGGCAACACCGGCCUCGUAGGCGGCAGCGUGCCGGUCUUCGACGAAAUCGUCAUCUCUAUGAAACUCAUGAACAAAAUCAUCCACACCGACGAGCUGUCCGGUGUGUUGGUGUGCGAGGCCGGUUGCGUGCUGCAGACGCUCGAGGAGCAUCUGAACCGCGUCGGUCUGAUGAUGCCGAUCGACCUCGGGGCCAAGGGCAGCUGCCUGAUCGGUGGCAACGUCUCCACCAACGCCGGAGGCUUGAGGCUACUGCGCUACGGCAAUCUUCAUGGGAACGUCCUGGGACUCGAGGCUGUGAUGGCCAACGGCAAGGUGAUAGAUUGCCUGAACACGAUGAAGAAGGACAACACGGGCUACCACCUGAAGCACUUGUUCAUCGGGUCGGAGGGUACAUUGGGCAUCGUGACAAAAGUGUCGAUUCAGUGUCCCACCCUACCCAAGGCACUGAACGUCGCCUUUCUCGAGUACAUCUGGUCGCUGAGGGAGAGAUUAGCCGAGUCCCAGACGAAGGUUGGCUAUCUCUUUAAAUAUGACGUCUCGCUGCCGCUGCCGCAAUUCUACGCCCUCGUGCCCAAGCUGAAGGAACGCCUUAAGGACUGCGAUAUUCGCUUCGUCACUGGUUUCGGACACAUUGGUAAGUUGCUCACGUAA